GGGCUGUCAAGUCGCGGUGCCGAAGUCGAGUGCAACGGCGGUACGAGCGACCAUCGAAAUCGCUACAGAUCUGAUGCAGUUGGAUCAAGUCUGGAGCCGGUCAGAGACUCUCUUGCACGCGAGAGUCGGGUGUGGAAAUGACCAUGCAGGGGCUUUGCAGGCUAAACGAGUACGACGUCAAUGUCGGGCUGUCUGAAAGGUGUCUGCCUCCGAGCAUCAUGGUCUACUUCAGCUCAGCGACGGGGUACGGGGCAGGAUACAGUCUGAUACUGGGAGCGGCGGUGGCUGGGAUGGCGACGCUAUUGAUGCUCAGGGGAUAGAUUCACCGAGCCUGCGGCGAAUCAGACGGUCAGCAGCGGAGUCCCCGAUCAUGAUUCAGUGUUUAGCCUGGCAUUGUCUCGGGCCUCCUUGCGGCUC